AUGGUGGCUUCCAGCCUGGACCAGCCGACACCACCACUGUCGAUGCAUCCGCAUAGUGGUCGGGCUUCUGGGCUCGUAAUGGAUGCACUUUUGAUCAAUCCAGCAAGAGAAGCUGCACUUCCAGUGACUGUAGUGGCAUUGUGCAGUGCAACGGUGCUGGUAAUACGCCACCAGUGUUUGAAUAGAGCAUGCCCUCCAGAAUUGGCAGUGGCCAGAGGGAAUAAGGCCACAGUGCGUGUAGAAGUGCCUGCCUCGCUUUCAAUCAACCCCAACCCAAUACUGUUACACUGGAGAAUUGAAUAG